CCUGACUGACCUGCACUCACACUCAUUCAUGACUCACGACCGUCGUCGCUCCAUAUCCGGCUUGCUUUUGCUUCCUCCCCUUUUGGCACCACACCUUCAUCUUGCUCUGCGCUGCGCUGCCCUGCCUCUUACAUGCCACAGCAAACCAGCAUGUAUGCGCCUGCUCAAGCGCAGCCCUCCAGCACAAGCACCAGCACCAGCACCACAAAUAUCUUUCCUGCCCCCAAUCCCAGCGCCUCGUUACUGCUCUCCCACCGACCCGUGGGAAAGGUUGUGGUGAUCAUCGGCUCUUCGCGUUUGGCAGCAUCCAGAGCCUUUGCUUGCCUCGAGGCUGGCGCCACGCCUCUGAUCGUAGGUCUGGAUGGAAUCGACGACGAUACUCGCCCCGCACACGGCGCUUUGCCACCCUCCUCCUUGCAUCGAGCUGCGCCAGAAGUGGUGCACCGCGUAGAGAAUGGCUCGGCGCUGUGGAGCGAAGCGCCGAGCAAAGAUGACGAGCAAGGGUGGUCAAGUCUGAUAGACCACAUCGAUGAUGCUGGGGGAGAAGCGCAGUCCAGCGCGUGCAAAUCCAUCUUUGCGGUCUGCGUCACCGACACGCUUCACCUUGCUGCGGACGACAACGUGCCCCGGCAAGGGAGCAGCGCGAUGGAGAUCAGUCCAGCUCAGAGGAGCAUGACCCGUGCAAAGCUGCUCGUCAGGCUGUGCAGGAUGCGGCGCAUUCCCAUCAAUGUCGCUGAUCAGCCAGCGCUCUGCGACUUUAGCUUUCCGGCAACGCACCGCUUCGCUCGCUCUUUCGUCCCGAGUACCGUCUCUGGCGCUAGCACCAGCGCGACGAGCACCUCUCCUGCCCCCUCUUCCAGCCUGCAAAUCGCGGUGACCACCAAUGGCAGAGGUUGUCGUUUAGCAGGCAGAAUCCGUCGCGAGAUCGUAGGCGCCCUGCCUAGAAAUGUAGGCGAUGCGGUGGACAAGGUGGGCAGGAUGCGCGAAGUGGCCAAGAGGGAAGACUUGCGGCGGGCAAGCGUCAGCGCCGCUGCGCAGCGUCGUGCAAGCCGCAGCAGGAGCCGUAGCAGGCCAGAGGAGAGGGAUGAGGAGGACGCUGCGCUGGACAGCACCCCUCUCAACAGUCCCGUACCUCAGCUUGGAGCGCCAGCAGGCAAGUCGAGCCAUGCGAUGCACGACUCCAAGAGCUACUUUGCGAGAGCAGUGCGCAGCGCUUCUCAUGCUGGUGCUUUGCACAUCGCAACCGCGGUCGACGCGGAGGAUGAUGACCGGAGAACAGAGAUGGAGGCUCGCAAAGAAUCCGCGAAGCGAAGAAUGCGCUGGGUAGCGCAAAUGAGCGAGUACUGGCCCAUCGAGUACUUGGCGCGUCUGCAAGAUGAUCAGAUGGCCCAGAUUUUGGACACGUACGAAGACAAUCCAGAGAAAUCAGGCGAUGCUGCAGGCGAUGCUGCGUCCGCCUCCUCCUCCUCGCCCUCCGCCACCACCACUGCGAGAUCGUCCCUCGAAGGCAGGGCGCCUGCUGCUACGAAUGGCACAGAUACUCCACGCGGAAGGCCCGCUUCGCGCCGCAACUCUGCAGACGUCUCUGCGCUGGGACUGCUUCGUCGUGACACAUCUCAACAUGCUCUCGAGCUUGGAAUGCCGCGAGCGCCUCGUUCCCGCCAAGGUCGCAUACAUCUCGUCGGAUCUGGUCCCGGUCAUCCCGGCUUGCUCACGAUGAUGGCUCACGACUUGCUCACAUCGCCGUCGACGCACCUGAUUCUCUCGGACAAGCUGGUGCCCGCACCCAUCCUCCGUCUCAUCCCUUCCACUACUCCCCUCGUCAUUGCGCGUAAAUUCCCUGGCAACGCUGAAGGCGCUCAAUCGGAGCUCAUCGCGUUGGCUCUUAAAGGGGCCAUCGAAGAAGGCAAGACUGUCGUCCGCCUGAAGCAAGGCGAUCCCUUUGUCUAUGGUCGCGGAGGGGAAGAGGUGCUGGCAUUUCGGCGCGCAGGCAUAGAAGCCACCGUGGUGCCUGGUAUCAGCUCCGCCAUGGCAGCUCCGUUGCUUCUCGGCGUACCAGUCACUCAAAGGGGAGCAGCGGACUCCAUGGUAUUGUGCACAGGAGUCGGACGAGGGGGCAAGCAGGUCAAACUGCCCGGUUACGAGCGCAACAGAAGCACCGUCAUUCUGAUGGGCGUUGCAAGGCUCAAAGACGUCGUCCACACCCUGACAGAAGGAUGGACACCCGCACGGCAGAGCGAGACGAUCAACACUACGCACGCGAAUUUGACUUGCGGCUCAGCCACCGGCUCCAGACAGGGGGCCGCAUAUCCACCGCACACUCCGAUCGCAAUCGUCGAGCGCGCAUCUUCUACUGAUCAAAGGCUCGUCGCAUCCACGCUAGCAGGCAUUGUGGAGGCGCUGGAAAGGACGGGAGAGCAGCGCCCGCCGGGCAUGAUGAUCGUGGGCUGGGCUGUGCUCGCACUGGAUGGCGAUGGUGAUGUGAGCGUGUUGGACGACGAGUCCGCUUGCAUCGCGGCGGCGAACAACGUGGACGCUAGCGAGUCUUUCGAGAAUAGCGAGUCUUCGCGGCCAGAAGCUGGACGAGCUCGGUUGGAUGAGCUGGACGAGGCUCGCGUCCAUCGAUGGCUAGGCGGCGCUAGCUACGUCGUGCGAGAAGGUUUAGAUGAAAACUAUGCCAGUGCUCUUGCAAGCAUGGCACGUCCUGUCUCUGAGCACGGUGACAACAGCAUUGACAAUUCGGGACACACCGCCGGCGCAUCCAUCGACUACUCUCUGGCUGCUCGCAGCGCUGCAGGAUGGGCUCCUGCACGUUAUCAACGAUCUGACGGCGUGCCUUGGGGCGGUUGGGGUACCCAAGAAGCGCCAAACGUGCCUGCUGCGGACGUGGAGGCCUAUCAGCGGCACCAAGCGUAUGCUGAAGGUCGCGAUGCCUCCUUUUCGCGCAAGUAGCAUCGACCACACGUCGCCAGCGACUUUUCUGCUAUUCAGAAUCACCAGCAUGUAGCACCGCAUCCCUCUUGAGAGCAAAAUGCAAAUUCAUUAUCCGC